AUGAAAGUUCUUGUGUCUUCAGACGAUACUGGAGCAGCAAAAUUGGUUGUAUUCAAAAAAGGCACUGACACCUCGAAGAAGGACUCCACAGGCCCCCUGUUAGUGAAGAAUUGCUUGGCUAGACCCAAUUCUAGCUAUAAAACACGAAUUGCACAUUUACUCAACUAUGACUACCAGUACCUCAUAGCCUCGAGAUAUGGCGGAGUUGUGUCAAUAUAUGAUUUUGAAGAGGCUGAACAAACGAAAGAGGAGGGACAAAAAGAACAAGAGCAAGAACAAGAGCUUUUCACACAUAUCAAGGAUUACCAGAUACCCAUCGAAAAGGACGACAAACCAGUCGCCUUGUGCAAGUCUGAGAAAUUGGAUAGUGUGUUGUUGGCUUACGAGUCAGGCAAAGUCUUUUUGCUCUACCUUGGUAAUCUUGAAUUUGAACCCUUUGAGUUGGACGUGCCACGUACAGGCCCCAUAAGUGCGUUUACAGUUAACCAGCACCAGGAAAAUGUUGUUGCUUACGGAGGCAAAGAAAACGAUCUUCAAAUAGUGGAGCUCUUUGACUCGAAAUUGAACAGUAAUGUAUUCAAAGGUGACUACAAGUGUGCGUUAAAGCCCAAAACCAUCUUUAAAGCGAAAAAUGUCAGGAAUGACCACUUGGAUUUAAGAGUGCCUAUUUGGAUUACCAACAUAUUGUUUUUCGACAACGCAGCCAAAAAGGGACAGUACAAGCUCAUCACUUCGACAAGGUAUGGUCAGUUGCGACUCUACGACAUGGCGCAUGGACGCAAGCCAACCAACGAUUUUCAAGUCACGGACUCAGCUAUUCUCAGGUUGGCGUUUGCCGACGACGAACAGACCCAAGUGGUUGUUACAGACACGCACAGCUUGAUUGCCAAGUAUUCUCUUUCUCAAAUCGACAAGAGGGCGUUCAAAACCAACUCGGCGUCUGCUGGCGACAUUAUCAAGCCCGUUCCCAGGCUUCUAGGGAAAUUCGCGGGAGGCAAUACCGGUGCAACAUUUGCAGUACAAGUAUACGACAACGUUGCAGCCUUUGGUGGUCUCGAUAGGUACCUUCGAGCGUUCAAUACCGACGACAGGGAACUAUUGGCCAAGAUUUACCUCGGGGUCGAGAUCAGUUCGUUGAUUAUCCUCGACGAUGAGGAUGAAGUAGAUAAAGAAGAGCAGGACCAAAAACGUAAGCGAGAAGAAGAAGAAGCCCACGAAGAAGAGGAAAUGUGGAACCAAUUGAGCAAGAAACGAGAUGUUCGCUACUGA